GUUUUUUUUGUCAUCAACAAUAUGGAUGAAUUUCAAAAACUCGACGUAAAAAUUCCCAACUCUGUUUUGGUUGAAGGCAUUUCAGAUGAAGAUGGUAAAGAGGAAGUAUUUGACUUUUUGAAACAAUAUGGGAAGAUAACAAAGACUGAAAUCAUUUCUGAAGCUGACUCUGAGUUUGAGGGCCAGUUUGUGGUUGAAUUUAGCAGUGGUACAGCAGUAGCUGAAUUGCGUUCCAUUUUACCAUAUUCAUUCAAAUCAUCUGAAAAGUCAGACACAUUUUUCAUCUCUGAAUUAGCUGUUGUAUAUGCAGAACAUGUUUCACAGAGUAAAACUCAUUCUUAUUUAUUUGAGUUACAGAAACUUGCAAAGCUUUCUGGCAUGGAUUUUGCAGAGGUGUUAAAAUCCACGAUGACUCAGAUUGGACAAUCAGUUGCUGAACUUCACUCAGCUGCUAAGAUGGAGGAUCCUGAUGAGAAGUCUGAGGUUAUGGCAGCAGCUGCAGAUCCAACAAUGAAGGAAGAGCCAACGUUGUCAACCGCCACUGAUCCUACAGUUUCCAGACAGAGACUUGAGCAGCAACCUACCUCACGACAGAGACCUUCUCUUCAUGAUGAUGACAUCCAACCACCCGAAGUCCAGCGCUACGUGGUGGAACACAUUAUGAAAACUGAGGAAAGUGCUUACCAUCUACAAAGGCUCCGAGUGUUUUCUGGACGGCUGCCUAGACCAGCACAUGAAGCAGACUACGAGACCUGGCAUUCAGGAGUGGAUCUGCUACUAAAAGACCCAUCAGUUUCUGAGCUGCAGCGAUCAAGGAGGAUCGUGGAGAGUUUACUUCCCCCAGCCGCUGAUAUGCUGAAGCAUCUAAGUUCAGAUACUCCACCUACUGUAUAUCUGAACAUAUUGGAUUCGGCAUAUGGCACAGUGCAAGAUGGAGAAGAACUCUUUGCAAAAUUCAUGGACACUUUCCAAGAUGCAGGGGAGAAGCCAUCUUCAUACCUCCAGCGGCUGCAGGUUGAAGGUGCUGCUGGACAGUCUGUUCCGUAUCUGGGGUACGUGGAGCUGGUCAUCACAUUCCCUGAAGACUUCAUAGGAGUAAACACAGAGGUCGAUCUCCAAGAACAACAACAAGCUGACCCUGCUAUUCGUGAGGUCAUUCAUCAGCUGGAGACUGGGGAGAAGGUCCUUCCAUCGGUUCGAGAGGAGCUAUCUGACCUUCCUUUGCUCCUGAGAGAGUGGAACAGGUUAGAGUUGGUGGAUGGAAUCCUAUAUCGGAGAAGACAUGAUGGAGAUAAACUUAUCUACCAGUUAAUCCUACCGCCCAAGUUACGACCAACUGUUUUAAAGAGCUUGCACCAUGAUAUGGGGCAUAUGGGCAUCGAAAGAACAAUUGAUCUGGUGCGCCAACGCUUCUUUUGGCCCAAAAUGACAUUAGAGGUGGAGACUUUUGUCAGAACCUGUGGUCGUUGCAUAAGGCGUAAAGCUCAAAUAGAAAGAGCAGCUCCAUUAAUAAAUAUUCAAACAAGCCGACCACUUGAACUGCUAUGUAUGGACUUUUUAACCAUUGAACCUGACAGUAGUAAUACUAAAGACAUUCUUGUUCUUACUGAUCACUUCACCAAAUUUGCAGUUGCCAUUCCUACCCCCAACCAGAAGGCAAAGACGGUUGCAAAGUACCUCUGGAAUGAAUUUAUGGUUUAUUAUGGAAUUCCAGAGCGUAUACAUUCAGACCAGGGUACAGAUUUCGAGUCCAAGCUCAUUAAAGAGCUCUGUGAAGUUGUAGGCAUGAAGAAAAGCCGUACUACCCCGUACCACCCACGAGGGAAUCCAGUCGAGCGCUUCAACCGCACUCUGCUCAAUAUGCUUGGAACCCUGGAAAUGAAACAAAAGUCAAAAUGGCGAGAGUAUGUCAAACCUUUAGUACAUGCAUAUAACUGUACAAGAAAUGUGGUAACAGGGUUCACACCUUAUGAACUCAUGUUUGGUCGUUGUCCUCGUCUUCCUGUGGAUUUGGCUUUUGGUUUACCCGUCAGAGAACAAUCAUCCAUCUCUCAUUCAGAGUAUGUUAAGAAUCUGCAAUCCAGCCUGAAAGAAAGCUACAAACUAGCUUCUGAGAAUGCCCUCAAAUCAGCUGCAAAGAACAAGACCCGUUUUGAUCAGAAAAUUACACCAUGCAGUUUGGAGAUAGGAGAUCGAGUACUGGUUCGCAACAUCCGUCUGAGGGGUAAGCACAAGCUGGCAGAUAGAUGGGAACCAGGGGUGUACAAAGUUGUUAACAGAGCUGAAAAUGUACCAGUUUACACUGUACAACCUGAACACAAAGAGGGACCAACUCGUACUUUACAUAGAGACCUGUUGCUUCCUUGUGGUUUCCUGCCAGUUUGCUCCACAGAAGACCCUUCCAUCUCCAUGCCUGCCUCACAACGAAAGACUCGCAGCCAGGAUGGUUGCCAUCCAGAUGUUCCUGAUGCGAUGCAGGAGGAUGAGGAUGCUGAGCCAUAUGUGCCAGAAGUUUCCAUCCCAUCCCCAACCAGAUUCAGUGUGAAGGUGAGAAAAUUCGAGUCAUCACCCGAAUCCAUUACUUUGCAGCCUAUUUCACCUUUGGCUCAAAGUGAUGCUGAAGCACCAGAGCAUCCUGUACCUCUAAUUCAGAGUACAGACCUUGAGACUGCUAGUCCAUCUGAAAAUGAAAAAUCCUGUUUAACAACUGAUUCAUCACUGUCUCACUAUGAAGACAAGCUACCUGUGGAACAGAUUGAGGCAGAGGAACUUUCUGAACCACAUGUAGCUGAGCCUGUGAAAGUACACAUGGAGGGAGAAGUACCUGACGAACACUUACCUGAAGUUCAAGAACCUGACGCUGAGGGUCAUCUGGUCGUUCAAUCUGAGUCAUCUAUAGGUCCUGCAAGUGUCAGCUCACCCUAUAACUCAAAUGAGUCUGAAACAUUGCCCAGGCGAUCAGAUCGACAGCGUCAACCUCCUAGUCGUCUAACAUAUCCUGUGUUGGGCCAGGUGCGUUGCAGAUCCCUCGCGCAAGGAGUGGCUGGAGGGAUCUUGACAAUAGCAAGGAUUGUCUGGUUUCACCGACCAGACUGGCGAGCUAAAAUAAGCAGGAUACCGAAACACAAGACUUAUCAUCUGGGAACAUUCUUCCGACCCAAUUGGAGGAUCAGCUCAAGUCCCCAUUGAAGGAAGUGGAUUAUUUUGGUUUUUUUUCAUCAUCAACAAAGACUGGUGGACGUCCUUGGUAUAAGGAACUUUAACUUGUUUUUCCUUUACACUAUGGACUAAUGUGUAUAUAUAUUGUAAAUACUAAAUACAACUCACCAAUUUGCACCAUC